CCACACUAUGUCAGUGUCUCGUUCUAAACCCGGAACAUCGUGGACCGUCGAUCGUCUCUUAUCCGGACUUCUUCCCAUCUAUCAAAACCUUGCUAUGCAGUACAUUAACUGGAUUGAAAGAGUCGCAGAGAUGAAUUGAAAUAAAGCGGUGAGAAGAUCCUCGUCCGACUCCCAACAAGAUAGAUAGAUAGAGAGAGAGAGAGCCUUAAGUCCUCUCUUUAACCAGGGUUUGAAGCGAUAACCGAAGAAUAAUAAUGGAAACUGGGGUUGCAAUCGCCAAUAGAUCUCAGCUUGCAGAAACAAAGGCAGUGGAAGAUGGGGUUUCUCAGCCGAGAGUAGGAGAGAGGGCUGGUCGCGGGUACCAUCAACCCAAGGAUUCUGAAGGGGAUGAUUUUUUUGUGGAAGCGAUGGAUGAGCAUCUUGAUGACGCCCAUGCCGUAUAUGAGACACCAAAGGCUGGUUUGGAGCAAGUUGUUGUUAAUGGGGAUCGGAGUGUAGUGAGGCUUCGAAUUUUUGAUCGUUUUGAAGCUAAUGAAAUCUCUAAUGGAGGCCAUGAGGCUGACAAGUUUGAAGAGGCGAUCGACCUUCCUAGUGAAGCUCGGACUCGGACCCCCAAAGAGGAAGAACUGGUUGUUACUGAAACGAUAGAAGAUUUGGUUGCCCCGGAGCUUCUUGAUGAUGCUAAGCUUUCUGCUGAUGUGGUAGAUAACCGGAUGGAAUUUAUAUCAGAAGAAUCUGUUAGGUUGGAGGAUGCUGGCAUGGCUAAUAAUGCAGAAGCAGAUGUGGAUAAGGUGUCUGUAGCUGAUGCUGACGGUAAUGACAGAGAAAGUAAAUUACUGAGGAACCAAGAAGAGGUGGAUGGGAGGACCUUAGCACCUCUCGUGAAGCCCCAUACUGAAAAUUUGGUUGAGUUGAGUUUGGAGGAAACUCCAGUUGUUCAGGAAAAUGGUGAUGUUGUCCAUGUGGAGUCAGGUGCGGUUGAGUCUUCUCAACUAAAUGAUUCUAAUGAGAGCAAGCAACCAGAGGACUCUUCGACUAACCACAUAACUUUUCUGAAAGAUAAGGUGGACUGUCCAGAACCGGUAAUUCCAGCUCCUGUAGAACCUAGAAAGGAUGAGGGGGAUGGUCCAGAACCAGCAAUUCCAGCUCCUGUAGAAGCUUGCAAGGAUGAGGGUGAUGGUCUAGAACCAGCAAUUCCAGCUCCUGUAGAAGCUUGCAAGGAUGAGGGGGGUGGUCCAGAACCAGCAAUUCCAGCUCCUGUAGCUUGCAAGGAUGAGGUGGAUGGUCCAAAAUUAGCAAUUUCAGCUCCUGUAAAAGCUUGCAAGGAUGGGGGGGAUGGUCCAGAACCAGCAAUUCCAGCUCCUGUAGCUUGCAAGGAUGAGAUGGGUGGUCCAAAACUAGCAAUUCCAGCUCCUGUAGAAGCUUGCAAGGAUGAGGGGGAUGGUCCAGAACCAACAAUUUCAGCUCCUGUAGAAGCUUGCAAGGAUGAGGUGGACGGUCAAGAGAUAGCAAUUCCAUCUCCCGUAGAAGCUUGCAAGGAUGAGGGGAAUGGUUCAGAACCAGCAAUUCCAGCUCCUGUAGAAGUUUGCAAGGAUGAGGUGGACAGUGCGGAACCAGUAACCCCAGCUCCUGUAGAAUCUUGCAAGAAUGAGGCCGAUAGUCCAGAAUUUGUAACUUCACAAAUACCAGAAGCUUCUAUUUCUGAAAUUAACGAGAAGAUUAAUGCUUAUACUGCUGAAUCAGAUGAGACAGCUUCUCAAGAUUCUGGGCCUCAGUCUGUUGAUAGAAGUAUGGAAAACUAUGAUAAUCCUGAUGUUGAAGAGCCUGAGGAUCAGAAAUCAAAAGAUCUGGGAGAGGAACAGAAGUUGGGAGGGAACAGAGAACCAGAAAUCCAGUCCGCAGUUGGUGUUAGUUCUAGGAAUUUGUCCUCAUCUCCUACUCUGCCUGCUUCUCCUGCUCGUCCAGCAGGCCUUGGAGGUGCUGCCCCAUUGUUGGAACCUGCUCCACGCACACUGCAACAGCCUCGGGUGAAUGGAUCUGUACCUCAGCAUCAAGCUCAACUUGUUGAAGACCCCAUGAAUGGUGAAACUGAGGAGAAUGAUGAGACUCGCGAAAAGCUACAGAUGAUCCGGGUGAAAUUUUUACGACUUGCUUACAGGCUUGGGCAGACUCCCCAUAAUGUUGUUGUAGCUCAGGUUCUAUACAGGCUAGGACUAGCUGAACAGCUUCGAGGGAGAAACACUAGUCGGGCAGGUGCUUUUAGUUUUGACCGAGCAAGUGCUAUGGCAGAGCAGCUUGAGGCGGCUGGGCAGGAACCUCUUGACUUCUCAUGCACCAUUAUGGUUCUUGGAAAGACUGGAGUUGGUAAAAGUGCAACUAUCAAUUCUAUAUUUGAUGAGGUAAAGUUCAAAACUGAUGCGUUCCAAAUGAGCACAAAGAAGGUCCAGGACGUGGUGGGAACAGUUCAAGGGAUCAAGGUUAGGGUGAUUGAUACACCGGGUCUCUUACCUUCCUGGUCAGAUCAACAGCACAAUGAGAAGAUCCUGCAUUCUGUCAAGCGUUUCAUCAAGAAGACCCCUCCAGAUAUUGUUUUGUAUCUUGACAGGUUAGAUAUGCAAAGCAGGGACUUUGGUGAUAUGCCAUUAUUGCGUACAAUCACGGAGAUAUUUGGACCAUCUAUUUGGUUUAAUGCAAUUGUGGUUCUGACCCAUGCAGCCUCUGCUCCGCCUGAUGGUCCAAAUGGUACUGCAUCAAGUUAUGAGAUGUUUGUGACCCAGCGUUCGCACGUGGUUCAGCAAGCAAUUCGCCAGGCAGCAGGGGACAUGCGUCUUAUGAAUCCUGUUUCAUUAGUGGAGAAUCAUUCUGCCUGCAGAACAAACAGGGCAGGGCAGAGAGUCUUGCCAAAUGGGCAGGUUUGGAAACCUCAUCUAUUACUGCUUUCCUUUGCUUCAAAGAUUUUAGCUGAGGCAAACACACUCUUAAAGCUACAAGAUAGUCCACCUGGAAAGCCUUUUGCAACACGUUCACGGGUACUCCCUUUGCCACACCUUUUAUCAUCUCUUCUUCAAUCAAGGCCCCAGCUGAAAUUGCCAGAAGAACAGUUCGGUGAUGAUGAUGAUACAUUGGAUGAGGACUUGGAUGAGACAACAGACUCAGAUGAAGAGUCAGAUUAUGAUGAAUUGCCACCAUUUAAGCGCCUGACCAAGGCUCAACUUGAAAAGUUGAGUAAAGCCCAAAAAAAGGCAUAUUUUGAUGAACUAGAAUACAGAGAAAAGCUUUUUAUAAAAAAACAAUUGAAGGAGGAGAGGAAGCGGCGGAAACUAUUGAAGAAAAUGGCUGCGUCUGCUAAGGAUUUGCCAAAUGACUAUAAUGAGAACACAGAAGAAGAAAGUGGUGGCGCUGCAUCUGUGCCGGUUCCCAUGCCAGAUCUGGCUUUGCCAACUUCAUUUGAUUCAGACAAUCCCACGCACCGCUACCGCUACCUGGAUUCCUCUAACCAGUGGCUUGUGAGGCCCGUUUUAGAAACUCAUGGUUGGGAUCAUGAUGUUGGUUAUGAGGGUAUAAAUGUGGAAAGAUUAUUUGCGGUUAAAGAUAAGAUACCUUUGUCCUUUUCUGGUCAGGUUACAAAGGAUAAAAAGGAGUCUAAUCUCCAAAUGGAACUGGCCAGUUCCAUCAAGCAUGGUGAAGGUAAGGCAACUUCCUUAGGCUUUGACACACAGACUGUUGGAAAGGACAUGUUUUAUACUUUGCGCAGUGAAACGAGAUUUAGUAACUUUAGACACAAUAAAAUGGUGGCUGGACUUUCGGUUGCUCUUUUGGGUGAGGCCUUUACAGCUGGACUGAAGCUUGAAGACAAAUUGGUUGUUAACAAAAGAUUCCGGUUGGUUAUCUCUGGGGGUGCUAUGACUGGUCGUGGUGAUGUGGCAUAUGGUGGCAAUCUGGAAGCCACCUUGAGAGAUAAGGAUUAUCCUCUUGGUCGCACUCUAUCAACUCUUGGUCUCUCUAUCAUGGAUUGGCGUGGAGAUCUUGCAAUCGGGUGUAAUGUACAAUCUCAGUUCCCUAUAGGACGGUAUACAAACAUGGUUGCUCGGGCCAAUUUGAACAACAAGGGGGCUGGCCAAGUCAGUAUUCGCUUGAAUAGCUCAGAACAGCUCCAAAUUGCUUUGAUUGGCCUUGUGCCCUUAUUCAAAAAGCUUCUUGGUUAUUCUGAACAAAUACAGCUUGGACAAUGAGGAGCAACAUAUAUCAGCUGCUAUGCAGUAUUAGGAAAUAACUUCUGCAGUGGCAUUUCUUUCUGCUCAGCAUCAAAUCCUGGGUCUAAAUUGCAAGCAGGAAUAGUUGAAGUGCAGAAAGAUUUUCAAGUAUGCACUAGAAGGAAAGGUUAUGGUUGUUGCAGUAGGGACUUUUUUGAUAUAGGUUUAUGGGAUCAUUGUUUGCUCCCUUGGUUCGAGUUUUGAGAGCGGCCACCUUGUGCAAAAGUGCCAAAAGAGUAGUUAUGUAUCCAGUACAUCCUGCCCAACACCCUGGAUGGCAAGGACAAUGUUGGAUCACAAUGGCCCUUUUAUUAAUGUUCAGAAGAAAUCAUACUGAACUAAAAGAUUUUGUAUUUUGGUAAGCGUUUCUGUAGCUGCUAUUCUUUCUAUAUGCUGUUUUCUGGCCUCAAUUAACUUGCAUGUAGCCCACUAGCACUGACUCGCACUUAGCAUUUAUGGUUAGUGUGGGGUGUUGCCAUUAGUUCCA